CUCGCCAUGACCGGCAUCACGUCAUUGACGCUCGCCGCGCUCGCGUCCGUCGCGUUGGCGCAAAAUGCCACUGCCGUCGUGGGCACAACGGCGGCUCCCGUUAUGGAGGAAUCUACCUCGUUCUUCAGUAGCCCCAUUGUCAGCGCCAUCUUGUCGAUACUGUCGUUGCUGUACAUUUUCCUUGGCCUCGCCAUCGUGUGCGACGACUACUUGGUUCCUGCGAUUGAAACGUUGUGUGAAAAGCUCAAGAUCCCUGAAGAAGCCGCUGGCGCAUCGUUCCUUGCGUUCGGCAGUGCUGCCCCUGAAAUCCUCCUCAACGCGGUCGCGACUGCCGAAGGCAAGAUCGAGUCGAUGGAAUCGUCGUUGUCUGCUAUUCUUGGCUCUGCCAUCAUUGCGUUUGCGCUCAUUCCAGCGCUCUGUGCCCUCGUUGCCCCAACAUCGCUGACCAUAUCAUGGGGACCCAUGAUCCGCGACUCGACUGUGUACAUUGCUAGUGUUGGCACACUGGUCUACGUCAUGAACGACUCCCUCGUUGACUCUUGGCAAUCGGGUCUCCUCAUUCUCGUCUACGUCGGAUACAUGUUGAUGAUCUUCGUUCCCAUCCGGUUCCGCUCCGCCGACCCCGAUCGACAUGACGAAUUCGUCGCUCCCGCCGAAGAUCACAUGGUAGAUCAUGCCCUCGCCCCGCACCACCCGCUUCUUGCGUCGUCGUCGCCCAAGGGAUAUGGCGCUAUCGACGCUGCUGAGGAAGCCGCGGAACCUGUGUGCCUCGAACCCGUCCGUGAAGUCGUCGACCUCCUCUCUCGGCCGUUCCGCAUCCUCUUUGCCUACACCCUCCCUGAAUGCGGCUCGGACGCUCCCACGCGGUCGUACUACCCUGUCACGUUGGUGCUGUCGAUCGCGUACGUCGCGCUCUUGUCCGCUGCCGCUUUGUACUCGACGCGCAUCCUGACGACCGCGUUGAACCUCUCGACGGAAGUCGCCGGGGUCACGCUCCUAGCUCUGGGCUCGCAAAUCCCAGACACGAUUGCGUCUGUGUCGCUCGCUCGUGCCGGGCAUGCCGAUGCCGCUGUCUGUAACGCGAUCGGGUCGCAAGUAAUCAACGUGACGUUGGGCAGCGGAUUUCCAUGGUUCUUGUACACGCUCUUGUACGGCGAGAUCCAUAUCCCAUAUGAACAAGAAACGCUUCUCUUCCAGCUCUUGUCCGUCAUCAUCGUCGCAUAUCUCGUGCUCAACCUCCGCGGUGUCUUCUGCGCCUGCUUCUCCAAGGCCAAGGGAUUCUUCGUCGGCCUCAGCCCCCACGACGGUAUCGCGCUCUUGGUGCUCUACGUCGCCGUCAACGUGUGGCUCGUCAUUAAGUUGUAAUGUGCAGAGAUCGAUCGAUCCCGAU